AUGGAUAUUCUCCAAUUUAUGGAUGAUACAUUGUUGGUAGGAAAAGGUACUUGGAAACAUGUUUCGGAAAUAAAGGCGGCUUUGAGGGCUUUUGAACUAGUUUCGGGUCUUGGCAUUAAUUAUCAUAAAAGUAAGUUGAUUGGUACAAACUCUAGCAAUACUUUCUUAGAGACCGCUUCUAUUGUUCUUUCUUGUAAGGUGGAAGAUAUCAAAUUCUAUUUUCUCGAUAUUCCGAUCGGGUUCAAUCUGAGAAAGAAAGAGACUUGGAGGCAUCUUUUGCAAAAGAUGAAGAAUCGUUUGGUCAGAUGGAAAAAUCACUUUCUAAACUUGGGAGGAAGGAUAACUCUUUUGAAGUCUAUUUUAAGUUCAUUAACCAUUUUCAUUAUGUCUUUCUACAAAAUGCCGGUGAAGUCAGUGAAAGAAUUUAAGAGGCUUCAAAGUAAUUUUCUUUGGGGAGGAGUGGAGGAAAAGAGGAAGAUAAAUUGGAUUAGUUAUAAAGAUAUUAACUUACCUAUUGAGAAGGGGGGUUAG